AUGCCGGCGGGCGCCGCGAAGCCCCCGGGCCGGACGCCCCCCGAGGCCGCCGCGCCGCCGCCGCCGCCGCCUCGCCGGGCCGCUCCCCUGCUGCGCUGGGACGAGGUGCCCGACGACUUCGUGGAGUGCUUCAUCCUGUCGGGCUACCGGCGGCUGCACUGCCCGGCGCAGGAGUGCCUGGCGUCGGUGCUGCAGCCCACCAACGAGACGCUCAACUUCUGGACGCACUUCCUGCCGCUGCUCUUCUUCGCCAGCAAGUUCUGCCGCCUGCUGCUGCUGCGCGGCGCCGGCGAGCUGCCCUUCCACCACCCCGCCUUGCUGCCGCUGUGGUGCUACGCGUCGGGCGUGCUGCUCACCUUCGCCAUGAGCUGCACGGCCCAUGUGUUCAGCUGCCUCUCGCUGCGCCUGCGCGCCGCCUUCUUCUACCUGGACUACGCCUCCAUCAGCUACUACGGCUUCGGCAGCACGGUGGCCUACUACUACUACCUGCUGCCCGGGCUGAGCCUGCUGGAGCCGCGCGCCCUGGGCCGCUUCCUGCAGCAGCGCCUGGGCUGGCACGUGGACUGCGGCGCGGCCAUCGCCUUCUACGGCGCGCUGCUGCUGCCCGUGGCCUUCGUGCUGGCCGUGGCCUGCACCGUGGCGUGCUGCAAGAGCCGCUCCGAGUGGUGCGCCUACCCCUUCGCCAUCCGCACCUUCGUCUUCGCCAUGCCGCUCAGCAUGGCCUGCCCCAUCAUGCUGGAGAGCCUCCUCUUCGACCUGCGCGGCCGCAACCCCACCCUCUUCGUCUGCUUCUACCGCCGCUACUUCUGGCUGCUGGUGGCCGCCUUCUUCAACGUCAGCAAGAUCCCCGAGCGGAUCCAGCCGGGCCUCUUCGACAUCAUCGGCCACAGCCACCAGCUCUUCCACAUCUUCACCUUCCUCAGCAUCUACGACCAAAUGUUCUACGUCGAGGAAGGCCUGCUGAACUUCCUGCAGGAGCCUCCAGCCGCCUUGCCCACUUUCAUGGGCACCGUAGGCUACAUGCUGCUUUUGAUACUGUGCCUGGCCCUGGUCAUCAAGAAGUUUUUAAACGUCCCAGAGUUCUGCAAGCAAGAUUGAGGUCUUUUAAAUGUGGUGGUGUUGUAACUGGAUUAUCAGGGUUAAUUGGCAGUGAAGGAUAUCCAGGAGUCUACCCUCCAAACAGCAAGUGUUCUUGGAAAAUCA